GUACACGUGUUUAUCUUGUAUUUCAAAAUCAAGAAGAAUCUGGUGGUUCAAAUACAUAUCAAACACAUGAAUUAGAAUCCACAGUAGAAAUAGCUGAACAGUUUCGUGAUCAAAUUCUCAAUAUAAUUAAAUCAAAAAAAUAUGAUCUUUGA